CAGGAUAACUCUCAUUUCCUAAUCCUUUCUCUCAGCAGACACAUACAUACACACGGUCGGAUUCCCACCUGCCCCGUGUUGCAGGUCCAUUUCCUUAAACCCCCAGACUCCCCAGUGAAUGAAAUUCUUUUCCAGGGACAGAAUAGCAGCAGCCAAGAACUUUGACUCUCCCCCUCCGCCCACAGCGUUGAUGUCAUAGGACUCAGCCUCUUUUGCAACUUUCCCCUAGUCUGUGCACGAGAGGAAUAGGGGGAAAAACCGCGUUGGAGGAGGUGGCCUGCCUUAUUUUCUCUUCCUGCUUCUUUCCUUCAAAGUCUCUUUCCCAGCUCUGGUGUCCCUGAGGGAUUAGGCAUGGCCCCUUGACUCCCAGAAGCCUCCCGGCUCCCUGCCUGGGCAGUGCGGUUGCCCUGAUCCGAGCUGCUGGACAGCCACAGCCUGCCUAUUUCCUGCUUCUUCUAUGGAUGCAAGGAAGAAGAUAGACCUGAAGCUCAUCAUUAUUGGAGCUCUCGGAGUGGGAAAGACCUCCCUCCUGCAUCAGUAUGUCCAUAAGACUUUCUGCGAGGAUUAUCAGACCACCUUGGGGGCCAGCAUCCUCUCCAAAGUCAUCAUGGUAGACAAUAUAACCUUAAAGUUACAGAUAUGGGACACAGGAGGUCAGGAGCGGUUCCGUUCCAUAAUAUCCACUUUCUACAAGGGCUCAGAUGGCUGCAUCCUGGCCUUUGAUGUCACUAACCGAGACUCCUUUCAUGCCCUGGACAUAUGGAGGGGGGACAUUCUCCAGAAAGUAGUGCCUAUGGAGCAGGUUUUCCCCAUGGUGGUACUGGGGAACAAGAUCGACCUGGAUGACCGUGAGGUGUCCCAGGAAAAAGCCCUAGACUGGUGCAAAGAGAAGGACAUACCCUACUUAGAGGUCAGUGCUAAGAAUGAUGUCAAUGUGGAGCAAGCAUUUGAACUGCUGGCCAGACAAGCACUGGCCCAGCAUCAAGGAAUUUUUGAUAACUACUUGACUGAUUCUAUCAAGCUUUCACCAGCAGGCAAGCCAAAGACAAAAUGCUGCUAAUGAUGGAGCGUCCCCUCUCAAAAGACUGAGGCUACCCCAGGAGGAGGGGUACUGAUUGUUCGGGCUGGGACUGGGGAAAAGACUGGAAUUCCUUUGCCCCCAUACUCCCUGACCUCUGUCCCAAGCUGCAGUCCUGGGUGACAAAAGAAUUUCGAUGAGCCAAAAGGACAGCAGUUGCACUACCACUGGCUGAGAGCAAGAGAACAGAGGAUGCUAGUGGACCCAUAAUAAACAUUUCCUCCUCCUGGAAGACAGCAGAGGGAUGGAAGAUUUCUGGAAUCAUGAAGCUUUCAAACUGGAAGGAGUCUUCAGUGCUACAGAUCUAGAGCUCAAACAGGAUUCAGCAGCCUUAUAAUCAAGCCCCCUCAUUUGUAAAAUGAGGAAACUGAAGAUUUAUUUAAAGUGGUUAAGUAACUUAGCUAAUAUCACACAGGUAGUAAACAUCAAAGGCAGGAUUUGAAUCCAGGCCCUCUGACUUUUCAGUAUUCCACACCGUUUCAAAUCCUCCAUUUUACAGAAAAGGAAAGUGAGAAAAGGAAGGAAAGUGCUUGCCUAUGAUCACAUAUGGCUAAAACUAGAAACUAAGUCUAUAAUAUUUCCAGUCUAGUGCUUUUCUCCAUCCCAGAUCUUUCCUUUUGUCAAAUCUUUGUUAAGAACUUGGUGGUAGUAUGCAGUAGUGGGGUUAGAACAUUGGAAAUAGAAUCAGGAAGAUAUGGGUUUAAAUCCUGCAUGACUCUGGCAAAUCAUUCUCCUAGCCUCGGUUUCCUUAAAAUGGGCGAGAUGGACUCAAUGACCUCUAAAAAUCUUUUCCAUCUCUAAACCUAUGAUCCUAUGUUUUUACACACACACACACACACACACACACA